UAAGGACUUGAAGACAUGAGCAGAACAAGGAAAAGCUUAACGAGAAGUGGAAGACGAAGAAGGAGAAUCUGUCUGAAUAAGGUCGGUCGAAGAGAGAGAGAAGCUUGUGAGGAGAAAAAAUCCAUCUUUUUUCUUGCUUCCUGGAUUGGAUCGGGAAAAUCUACAAGCUGAAGAUUCGUUUUUGAAAAAUAGUUCGAAUCUGAAGAAACUUCUCUGGUUGUUUUUACAUUCGAUUUUUUUUACCGAAUUCUUCUUGGGUUGAGGAAAAGUUGAAAGCUUUAAGCUACGAUUCUGCAUCAGAUUUCUGGGUUCACUGAUUGGACCUCUUAGCUAUCAGUAGAAAUGAUAGGUUCGUUCUCCCGUUAGAUUCACUGAAGAUGUUCUUCUCCAACUGAAUCUUCUUCCACCUGAUCUAAUUUACUUUUGGAGGGUCGAAUCUUGAAAGAGGAGCGAUUUUCAGAGAAAGAGAGAGAAAGAGAGAGAGGGAGAUAUGGAUGAGGUGGGCGCUCAGGUGGCUGCUCCGAUUUUCAUUCACCAAUCGCUAUCUCCGAUGGGGAGAAAACGCAAUCUUUAUUACCAGAUGUCGAAUCGUGUGGCUCCAUCUCAGCCGCAGCCGCAACGUAGAGACGAGUGGAACUCUAAGAUGUGGGAUUGGGAUAGCCGGAGAUUCGAAGCUAAACCGGUGGACGCGGAGGUUCAUCUCCGGCUUGGGAACGAGACACAGUUUGAUUUGAACUCGCGGAAGGAGGGAGAAGAAAGGGGGCUUGAUUUGAAUCUGGGAAGUUGUCUGAACGCCGUGGAAGACAUGACGCAGGCAACUAGACCAAGCAAGAAGGUUCGGUCUGGAUCUCCGGGAAGCGGAGGGAACUAUCCGGUGUGUCAGGUGGACAAUUGUACCCAAGAUUUGUCUCAUGCUAAGGACUACCAUAGAAGGCAUAAAGUGUGUGAACUUCAUAGUAAAGCUACUAAAGCUCUUGUUGGGAAACAGAUGCAGAGGUUCUGCCAACAGUGCAGCAGGUUUCAUCUUCUUUCUGAGUUUGAUGAGGGGAAAAGAAGUUGUAGGCGUAGAUUGGCUGGCCACAACAGACGGAGGAGGAAAACAACGCAGCCUGAGGAGAUUGCAUCUGGAGUUGGAGUUCCCGGGAACAGCGAUAAUACCUCUAUCCCCAAUAUGGAUCUUAUGGCUUUGUUAACCACAUUAGCUUGUGCACAAGGUAAGAAUGAGGUAAAGCCAAUGGGGUCUCCAGCUGUGCCUAACAGAGAGCAGCUUCUUCAGAUACUUAACAAGAUAAAUGCGUUGCCUUUGCCUAUGGAUCUCGUCUCUAAGUUGAACAAUAUUGGAAGUUUAGCCAGGAAAAAUCUGGAUCGCCCAAUGGUGAACCCCCAAAAUGAUAUGAAUGGGGCUUCUCCUUCUACCAUGGAUUUGCUUGCUGUUCUCUCGGCAACGUUAGGCUCAUCUUCACCUGAUGCGCUAGCGAUAUUGUCUCAAGGUGGGUUUGGUAAUAAAGACAGUGACAUGACUAAGUUAUCUUCUUAUGACCACGGUGCUACAACCAAUUUGGAAAAGAAAACUGUUGGGGGAGAGAGGAGCAGUAGCAGUAACCAAUCUCCUUCUCAGGAUUCAGAUUCGCAUGCUCAAGACACUAGGUCUAGCUUGUCUCUACAACUAUUCACCUCCUCACCGGAGGAUGAGAGCCGACCGACCGUGGCAUCCUCGAGAAAGUAUUAUUCUUCUGCCAGCAGUAACCCUGUCGAGGAUAGAUCGCCAUCUUCAUCUCCAGUCAUGCAGGAGUUAUUCCCAUUGCAAACGUCUCCUGAAACCAUGAGGUCCAAGAAUCACAAAAACACAAAUCCAAGGACUGGGGGUUGCUUGCCUCUUGAGCUCUUUGGUGCAUCAAAUAGAGGAGCUGCAAAUCCUAACUUUAAAGGAUUCGGGCAACAGUCUGGUUAUGCGUCUUCUGGUUCUGACUACUCUCCUCCUAGCUUAAACUCUGAUGCUCAGGACCGCACUGGAAAGAUAGUCUUUAAACUACUUGAUAAAGAUCCAAGUCAGCUCCCUGGAACAUUACGAACUGAGAUCUAUAACUGGCUUUCGAGCAUUCCAUCAGAAAUGGAGAGUUAUAUCAGGCCUGGUUGUGUUGUUCUAUCUGUCUAUGUGGCGAUGUCACCUGCGGCCUGGGAAGAACUCGAGCAAAACUUGCUGCAACGGGUUGGUGUUUUGUUACAAAAUUCUCAUUCAGAUUUUUGGAAAAACGCGAGGUUUCUAGUCAACACAGGCAGACAGCUCGCAUCACACAAAAAUGGUAGAAUUCGUUGUAGCAAAUCUUGGAGAACUUGGAACUCACCAGAGCUCAUCUCAGUGUCACCUGUAGCGGUGGUAGCUGGUGAAGAAACAAGUUUAGUACUAAGAGGUAGAAGCUUGACUAAUAAUGGGAUCAGUUUUCGCUGCACACAUAUGGGUAGCUACAUGUCAAUGGAGGUAGCCGGGGCAGCCUGUAAACAAGGCACAUUCGACGAGUUGAAUGUAAAUAGUUUCAGUGUAAAAAACGCACAACGUGGUUCCAUUGGACGCUGUUUCAUUGAGGUGGAGAAUGGAUUUAGAGGUGACAGUUUUCCAUUGAUAAUUGCCAAUGCAUCCAUCUGCAAGGAGUUGAAUCGCCUCGAAGAGGAGUUUCACCCCAAAACUCAAGAUAUGACAGGAGAACAAGCGCAGACCUCAGAUCGCCGUCCCACAUCAAGAGAAGAGAUUUUGUGCUUCUUGAACGAGCUUGGUUGGCUUUUCCAGAAGAACCAGACCUCUGAGCCUCGGGAACAGUCUGACUUUUCCCUUUCCCGGUUCAAGUUUUUGCUCGUCUGUUCAGUUGAAAGAGACUACUGUGCUCUCACAAGAGCACUCCUCGACAUGUUGGUAGAGAGAAAUUUGGUGAAUGAUGAGCUGAACAGAGAAGCCUUGGAUAUGCUCGCCGAGAUUCAGUUGUUGAAUCGUGCUAUUAAGAGGAAAAACACAAAGAUGGUCGAACUACUCAUUCAUUACUCAGUUGAUCCUGCGCCGCUCGGUUCCUCUAAAAAGUUUGUGUUCUUACCCAAUAUAACCGGACCUGGGGGUAUCACACCUUUGCAUUUAGCUGCUUGUACAUCCGGUUCUGAUGAUAUCGUUGAUCUUCUCACCAAUGAUCCACAAGAGAUCGCAUUAUCGAGCUGGAACUCUCUUUGCGAUGCAAGCGGACAAACUCCAUUCAGCUACGCUGCAAUGAGGAACAAUCAUACGUAUAACUCCUUGGUGGCUCGUAAACUUGCAGACAAAAGAAACAAGCAAGUCUCGCUAAACAUCGAGAACGAGAUUGUUGACCAAACGGGUGUGAGUAGGAGAUUAAGCUCGGAGAUGAACAAGUCAUCUUGUGCCACGUGUGCAACGGUGGCUCUAAAGUAUCAGAGGAAAGUCUCAGGUUCGCACCGUUUCUUCCCAACUCCUAUCAUCCACUCGAUGCUUGCGGUUGCGACGGUCUGCGUUUGCGUCUGCGUCUUCAUGCACGCUUUCCCAAUCGUCCGACAAGGAUCUCACUUCAGUUGGGGAGGUUUGGAUUAUGGCUCCAUCUAAAAAAAGUUUAUUCUUUUGGUUUCACAAAUAAAAGAAAAAGGAGAAAUAUGAAAAAGGAAAAGAGAUUUUACUACGGAUGAUAAGGAAAAGCUUAGAGACUUUGACUGUGACUACAGUAUACCUCAAGGCACCCCUUUUCCCCCCUUGAAAAUGGCUUGGAUCAAAAACAGAAGGGAGUUUCACCGUCGGGAGUUUUUUUUUAUUUCUCUUAGUUUAAUUAUAUAUAUUUUGGUUGGCUAAUUUAUUUUGUCUAUUUCUGUGUAUUUUCCUCCUUACUUUUGAGUUUCGAUGAUUAUUAUUUUCACUAAGAUAAUAACAUGCUGCUUCGUAUAAGAAGCAGUUAUUUUACUGUUUUGUUUUCUUGGUUCUGUCUUUGUAAAUUUGUACUUUGUACAUUGUACAAGUAUAGUUCUCAUGUUGUUCUUUAAAAAAAAAUUCU